UCAUCUCCAACCUCCUUAUCCUCUCACCCCCUAAAACCCUCUCAUUUCUCUUUCUACAUUCUCUCCCUCUAAAAAUGUCGUCUGCAACUCACCAUCUCUUGAAGCCCUUCUCAAUCCCAAAUGGGUCUCCAAUCUCUCUUCCCACCAUCUUCUCCACCAAAACCCCACAUUCAUAUCUGCCAAUUCCUCCUCACAAACCCAUUAAGCUUCUCUUAUCAUGCUCUCAAUCUUCACUCUUUUCCCCAUCUUUGUUUCUUAAGAGCAAGACCCUUUCUUCUUCUGUAGUCACCUUCGUUGCCCAGACCUCGGACUGGGCUCAGCAGGAAGAAGACAACACAGUGAUAAUUGAAGAAGAGCAGGAAGAGAAGGUCACUUGGGAAAAUGAAGAGGUUGAGGGGCCUGAUGCCCAAGCAUCCGAUUGGGAAUCCGAGGGCGAGGGUGCUGUUACUGAGGCCAUCAGCGACGACGGAGUCGUUGAUGAUGGUGAGGAUUCUUAUUCGGAACCGCCUGAGGAGGCAAAGGUUUUUGUCGGCAAUUUGCCAUAUGACGUUGAUAGUGAGAGGCUGGCUAGGCUUUUUGAGCAGGCUGGGGUUGUGGAGAUCGCAGAGGUUAUUUACAAUAGGGAGACUGAUAGAAGUCGUGGGUUCGGGUUUGUGUCAAUGAGUACUGUUGAAGAAGCCGAAAAGGCUGUGGAUAUGUUUCAUCGUUAUGAAUUAGAUGGAAGGCUCUUGACUGUAAACAAGGCUGCUCCACGAGGAUCACAGCCAGAACGCCCCCCUCGCGUGUUUGAACCUGCUUUUAGAAUGUACGUUGGUAACCUGCCAUGGGAUGUUGACAGUGCUCGUCUGGAGCAGGUUUUCAGUGAACAUGGUAAGGUUGUGGAGGCUCGUGUGGUUUUCGACAGAGAGACUGGUCGUUCCCGUGGUUUUGGCUUCGUGACAAUGUCUAGCCAAACUGAAUUGGAAGAUGCCAUUGCAGCCACCGAUGGACAGACUCUGGAUGGGAGAACGAUCAGAGUAAAUGUAGCUGAGGAAAGACCCAGGCGCAGUGCCUUCUGAGAUGAGAUGAAUCCUCAAUUUCCUGUGGCCGUUUCUUUCUUUCUCUCUUUCUUUUCUUUCCUUUCCUUUCCUUUUAUUGUUUUCCAACUAAGAUUUAUAGUGAUAGCAUUUAUAUAAUUUAGUUUGUCUAGGUAAGAUUUGUUCAAAAGUUACCAAGUCAUAAUGGUGAGUCUCUUUGAGGUUUUCUUUCUGUACGUUUGCUGAUGAGCUGGUAACAAUUUAUGAAUCAUGUUUUUCAACCUGUGCAACAGCUUACA